AUGGAAGGUCCAGCUCAAAAGAAAAGACCAAAUUUCUCAAAUGAAGAGACGUUAGCUCUAAUAGAAGCUGUGGCAACGAAGAAGAGUGUGGUUCUAAGUAAACUAGACAGCAGAAUAACCGCUCACGUAAAAAAUAACGCCUGGGACUGUGUGACCAAGGAGGGGAAUCUUGUCGCCCGCGUACAGAGGAAUAUGAACGAAGUGCGUAGGAAGUUCACUGACCUAAGAGCAGCCAUGAAUAAACAAGUGGUGGCCCAGGAGUUCACAAACUACACUCCUGUUGAAGAAGCUAUGUUGGCACUGACUGAGCCUAUUACUAUUUCUGUGUUACCAGGGGUUUAUUAA